AUGGCUCUGUAUGCUGUUCUUUUUGCGUUUACAGCUACAGGUGCUCUUCCGCUCGGGCCCUCCGGAGGAAAUGUAACUUUCGAACACGAAUUGACUGUUCGCGCCGAUGCGUGUACACCAGCAUCGAGAACCGUACUCGGGAUCGUGUGGGGAUGUUUGACAACGAUUUUCGCUUGUACAUGGCUUGCGAUACACCCGAAUGUUCCCAGUCCUGAUGACUCUCGAUGGAGGAUAUUAUCGCGAAGAGCUAUGAUCAUGGCACUUGCGAUCGUCUUCCCAGAAUAUACAGCUGUAUGGGCCAUACGUCAGUGGCAAGAGGCCAGACGUAUAUCUAGAGAGAUGUCUUUGAGAGAAGAUUUUCCAGAAUGGACGAUUACUCAUAGCUUCAUCAUCAUCAUGGGCGGUUUCAUACUUGUGGACGAAGCAGGAGAGCCUCGUGGGCCUUUACUCUUGGGCGAGCUAUUGCGCUUCAAGACCCGCGAAGAGUUCAAAGUCCCCUCCAUAUCCGAGAGGGAGAUCCAGGAUCGCAGCAAAGGGGACGCCUUAUCAAAAGUCCUGAUUUUCCUUCACACCAGUUGGUUUUUGUUGCAAGUCCUUGCACGUCCUAUCUCUGGUUUACCUGUCACAGAGCUCGAGCUUGUUACGGUUGCAAUUGCCUCCCUUAACAUUCUUGCAUAUGGAUUCUGGUUCAAAAAGCCUUUGAACGUCGAUUGUCCCGUACAAGUGGUUUUACCUUCCUGGAUUCCGAGACAUCCCCCUUCCAUGUCCUCUUUUCCUACGGAAUCUGGAGAACCCAUGGCAGCGCCACGAGCUUUGGACAUUGGCACAUUCGACUUCGAAGAGGCUUCACGACCAAAGAGCCCAUGGACGGCUUCCACUAGAUCACAGUCUGAAAUAUCAUUACCUCAGGCAACCAGCCCCUUUUCACAAGUCCAGCACAGUGCUACUUUCAACCCCCCGCCUUACUCGUAG